UGCUUUGCUUUAACAAAUUAACACAUUUGUUCUUGAAUUCUCCUCUAAGUAAUCGGGUACUUUUAAAUUGAAUAAGUCACAUUGUAGCUGCUUGGAAACUAUUCUGAAGGGAUUAGAGGUUCCUUCUUGUUUGUCUAAAUCUAUCUACUCAAGUUACCUUUGAUUCCUACCCAUCUUUGAACAGUUUUCACGGUUAUCUUGCAUAUUAAUCUCCUUGGUUUUACCGCUAUCCUGAAGCUAUUUAGGGACAACAAUUCCUCGAAUUUCAUUUAGGGCAUAACAUGACAUGUCCACCAUAUCAGAUCAGAUUGUUGUUUGGUGGGUUAUUUAGCAAAGCGCCUUCAACUGUUUCUUUAGUUGAUUUGAGGUGAUUGCAUCGUGUCUUUGAGUUUCAGUUCGGAGAUGAGUAUAUUGGGUCCUUCAGACGUCACUUGCUGAGAAGAACAUAGAGCUCAAAUAAAGAUCAUGUGGAAAUAGCUCCUCCAGCGAAUGAUCCAAAUAGCUUAAUCAAAAUGCAGGCACAGUCAGCGGCCCGAGACCAUGUUUCGGUCGAAAUUUCUCAUACUGAAGAUGACAUCGUGUCUUCCAUUCAGGGAAAGAUGGAGGUCAUUUCAUCCUCAAUCAAUAUCCGCAGAGUGCCCGAGCGACUGCGCGGGGAAUAUAGCAGGCACUACCUCCCGCAAUUGGUCUCUAUCGGACCUUAUCACCGAGGCAAACUGACUUCCAUGGAUGAUCACAAGUGGCGCUACUUAUUUACACUCCUAAACCGAAACCCCGACAUAGGAUUGACCUUGGACAAGUGUGUGAAAUCGCUCCGAGAGUUGGAGCACCGAGCGCGUCGGUCCUAUGACGGAGAUAUAAACCUCUCCAGCAACGACUUCAUUGAAAUGAUGCUUGUCGACGGUUGUUUUAUCCUUGAACUCUUCAUCAAGUGCUCGAGCCGGAGCCUCCGACGUAGGAAUGAUUCUCUCUUUUGCACUCCGGGGAAGCUGUAUGACUUGAGGUGCGAUCUGGUGCUGCUGGAAAAUCAGAUUCCUCUGUUCGUUCUUCAGCGAUUGUUUCAGAUCGUGCCGAUUCCGAAACAGUGCACACAUUCCCUGUACGAUCUUGCCUUUCGGUUCUUCAAGAGUAUGAUCCCCGGAGAACAGGAAUAUCUCCGAGAAAAGCUCAACGAAGAAGCUCAUCAUUUGCUCGACUUAAUCCACAACUGUUUGAUACCAGCGAAUUACACGAAGAAAGAUGCACCGACACGAAAUGGUCUGGAUAAGCAUGCAGUCGAACUUCAAGUUGCCGGAAUCAAGUUCAAAAGAUUGGCGACUAGAAGCGUGUUAGACGUCGAAUUUAGCAAAGGUGUCCUCUAUGUCCCGGCUCUGAGAAUCAAUCCGAGCACGGUGAUCCUUUUGAGGAACCUAAUCGCCCUCGAGCAAAGUCGGUGCGUUGACACGCCAUGCGUGACUUCUUAUGCUAAUCUCAUUCACAAACUAAUGUCCUCGGAGAAGGACGAGAAGCUGUUCUGCGAACAACGCAUAGUAUCAAACCACUUGGACGGCGACGCGAAGGUUUUCCAACUGUUUGGCGAUCUGUGCAAGGGUCUGAUCUUACAGGAUUAUCACUACGAAGAACUCUGCGUACAGAUGAAAGAGUACAUCGACAGGAAAAAGCGCAGGACAUCGAAGUGCAACCAGAAGACUGAUCAACAAGCAAGUAAGCAGAGCACACUCAUCGUCCUGGCCAUCAUCGUCCUAAUCAUGAUAUUCAUCGGGACGCUGUUCUCUGCAUUGUCAUUCUUCCUCCACCAUAACUAGCACACCCAUGGACGCGAAUGAGCCGCUUUGUCGUCGCAUUAUGUUAGCUCCUCUUUUUCUUUCAUGGGUUUGAGUUUCUGUUGCUUUGCGCACAAGUAAAGUGUCGGAGCGAAUGUUGCACAUCCGUGUCUUGAAAGUUUCACGAUCAGAAAGAUGGAUCGAUAUAAACAGCGAACAACGUCGUCGCGAGUUCAUUGUCUACUCGUUCUGCAGAAAUUUCCACUGAAGCAAUCGUUUCUGGCUGAAAAAGAAGCAAGCGGCCUUGUUUCAUCUCCAUGCUUUCAAGAAUGCUCUCACUGUAAUGUCAUCGUGACCAAGAUGUUUUGGGCUACGGAACAAAGCCUUAAAGCAAAAUGACCAAAAAGGAAUAGUGUAGAUGCAAACACAAAUCUGGCCUUUUUGUACUUGUGAAAAAUAAAUGUUUCAUUCCUUAUUAUAAAAUUUCAAGAUUACUAACAAA